CUUGCUGUACAUUGACGCAUCAAAGACGUAAAAUACAGCAGAGCGUUCUUGCCUCCAGCAUACAACCUUAUAUAUAUAUAUAUAUAUAUAUAUAAAUACAGAAGAAACAGCACUUGUUCAUGUGAAAAACACCAAUUCGGUUCAAUAACUGUACUAUAGGAUUUAAGCAUAGCUGACGAAUAUUGAUGAGAAAGGAUUUGUGUGUUUGCCAUUCACUCUUAAGGUCAACCGACUAUCACUGGGGUUUAGAAUACACACAAAAGCGAUAGCUUGUCGUACUGAAACAUUGUGGACAUUUGGCUAUAAUAUGGAUACAGCGAUACGGGCCUAGGGACGGAUAAGGCACCUUGUAUAGAUAUUAUAUUGCAAUUCGUGUGACUGGGAAAUUCAAUAUGGUUUAUCAGGUGCUGAGUAGCGCAGGUGAGGACUGCGGUGGGGUGGAAGAGCUCCAGCUCCUUAGUCCACGACGAAGAGCCAAUCAGUUGAUGGAACGUGUGAAUGGUGACAAUAUGAGACCACCACAGCAGUCCCUGUCACCGAGAUUGGACCACCAGACACAGAGUCACAGCCGCAAAAUGGCGCUGAAACGCCCUGACCCCGGCACGGAGGAGUUCAUGAGAUUCAUACGCGAAUAUCAGUACGAAAAACAACCAACAAACAUUCGUCUACAGAAAAGGGCACCCCUUCCGGGCAUUGGUGAAAGUAUGCGCACAGGUGUGUCCUCAACCUUCGACAGAGCUUAUGUCAAUUCUCCGUAUGACGAUACUGUAGUGGACAAUGAAGUGGCUUUUCUUAACAAUAAGCCGGACCCACGUCAGGACCCGAUGCUACAGGAAGUACUUACCUUAGCAAGGGAGAGAACUAAGGACCAUAUUAUUCUCAGUUCGUGGAACGGUCACAUGCCCAAUGGGGGCCAUCUCGGUUCUGAAAGCAACAGAAAUAAUGCUUUAACAAGGCAAUCCAAAGACUUCGGCAGCAAAUCUAAUAAAGUACCAAAGACAUUAAACGGAAUUAGGCCCAACAUGAAAAAAGUUUCUAAACAGUUACCUCCCAUUCCGCGCGAGGAUAUUCCAGAACGGCCUUCCGCCCCAUCACCAUCUCUCACUCCGCCAUAUCCGAAUAGUUCGGAUGAUAGUUUUGUAAAUGAGGAGCCUGUGGAGUAUCUCGACUUGUGAAAAUGUGUUCUAGAUGUUUCGAUGGUCACUAAAAACUUAGUUUAAGUACUGCCAAAGGAAUAUAUAAAUUCAUGACAUUGAAUAAACGAGACAAGUAUUUGAUAUAUUUCAUAUCAAGUUCUAUUUGCGCCCGGAGCAUACCCAACAUUUAGUCAUGACAAAAAGACAUGAAUGUUGUGUAUACGAACAUAUCUUUAAACAGAUGCACGUGAGAAUGUGUAUGUGUGAGAUAUAAAAAAAAACUAGGCACAUGCAAGAACCAUUCUGGGAAGAGACUAAAUCUCACCGAAGUCGAGAUGAAAUGAACUGGUCUGACGAAAGCAUAUGUCAUUGACUUCGUUAAACAUUAUAAGGACAAAAUCUGUUAAAAUCGAACAAUUGUGUAAUCCAGACCUAAAACGGAUUUAAAGGCUACAGUACUAUAUUGUGAUAUAACCUUUGCUAAUCAGAGGCUGUUAAGAUUUAGACAGGUUUUGUUGUAUACAACUGUUACAUUGCGGUUUGUAGGAAUACAGAAAUGCCUACUUCAUACGUGUGCAUUGAAAUGGUGUCAUGACAGAAGGCCUACGCAAUAACAGGUUAAUAAGAAACUGCUUUGGUUCCAUUCCAAAUUAAACUCCAGUGUCAUGAUUAGCUUCGUGAAUAACAUUUAAUGAUUGUUCAAUGUAAUUAGCUGCCAAUAGAUUAAAGUGCCAUAUUGCUGUCUGCGGCAGGUGACUAUUGUCCACACUGCGUCCCUGUUCCUGCCCUCUCUCCAAGUCCUUAUCAAACUACCGAGCGAAGCCCAAAAACGGGUGAGAAAUCAUUUUAAAACAUAUCUCUGUUUAGUUGUUUACAUUUUGAGAACACGUUGUCGUCCUUGCAAGGUUGAACAUGCAAUGUAAGCGCGAGAAUGGUAUCGAUGAAUUUGUCAUGUCUCACUGUCCCGUAACGUUUUAUUUUAGAUCUGCAUCAAACAGUCGAUACCAAUAUCCUUACUCAGCUUAGAGAACUUGUUGUGAUUGUAAUAACAUGCACGGUUUCAUUUUAAUAGCUUAAAUUCGUCGAUAAUCAAAAAAAACUUUUCUCAAUUAUAUAUUUUCGAAAGAAAUUGAAGUAUCUGGCUUUUUAAUUAAAACGAUGUAUAUUGCUCGAAUGAGGAUAUUUAAAUAAUUUACGUUGAUAUGUUGGUAUAUGUUCGUUCAUGAUUUGUGAUAUAUGACACGGGUUUUUUUAUAACUGAAACCCAAAGAUAUAAGUGUGUUCAAAUUUGGCUGUAAAUCUUGUCUAGCUGUUCCAGGUCCGAUCUUGUUUAGAGGUUUAUGAACGUGUUUAUGUGUGUCAGGUGUCAAUACACCUGUACGUACUGCCAUGUCCCUGUAGUAAGCGCGCUACUGGAGUAGAAAUGUUACAUAAACCAUUGAUCAUUUUGUCAUGAUGUUAUCAAUCUAUAAUAAAACCUUUGUUAUACUGCCACCGUUUGCCCAGCAAAGUUUUGAUAUAAAGGGGUUUGACUAUAUGAAGAAGAAACAUUCAGAAAAAAAUGUAAGGGAAGGGGGUUGAUUACAUUGACGGUUAAUCAAGUGGCAAAUGAAAUGAAUGGCAUUAUAUAGAGGUUUUAUUGUAGAGUGUAUCCUUAUCUUGCCUUCACAUGUGUUACUGCAGUUAUGAUUGAAUUUUCUCAGGGAAGUUGAAAGUUCUUCGCAUUUGUGUCAUGUCAUCUUUUUCUACAGACUUCGAUAAUAAAGAAAUAUUUAUCUAG